CCAAAGCUUCGAAGCCGCCAAUUACAUGUAAAACUUCCAAAAGUUACUUGAUACCCGCACCAUAGAUGCUUUCCCAAACGCAUUGAAUGGAGGAGCUGGCUAGUGGCUGAUCAGAACACAAACGGGUCCUGUUGCAGUCGCAACCAAGCAUACGAACGUGCCAAACUUUGGAUUGGAACAGAAGGGGGUCGGGACAAUUUCGUCUCAGCGGUACAUUGAGCUCAACCAUGGAACAAAGAAGAACGUGUAGGACUGAAUCUGAGAAUAUUGCAGGCGGUGACGGGGACGUUUGGGAUUCGCGAAAGUACCGUUGGACUGCCUGUUGAGCGAUCAGAUCGCUGGAGGAUCGAUGAUCCCUUGCAGCCUGGCUUUUGGCUGGUUCCCGAGGAUUUUCAUUCUCUGCAGCAACCUGAUCCAUACUCAUUGGCAACCUUCUUAUCCAGAAAAGGAGCUGUAGUGAUGUUCAACAAGAAGGAACCAAAAAUGGAUCAAGCACUGAACCUUGUACCAACUCGGUCUUGUCUGGGUUCCAUCUCUUCGAAUCAACCGGAACCGUUUUGACAGCUUUACCAGUUUAUUGCUUGUAUUAGCUUAGCUAGCUUGAAAUCUCCGUUGUGUGCUCUUGGUCGGCUCGAAUUCUUGGCGCCUUCUCCACGAAACAAUUGAGAGCAUUGGCCUUUUGCUACAUGUAUGAACCACCCAUGCAUCCAUGCAUCCACAAUCUAGCUGCAUUACAGUAGUUAGCCAACUGCAAUCACCAUGAAGGCAGUAGGAGCAGCCAAGAGCCAUCAGUCUCGCGCUGUAGCGUCAAGCCGGAAAAGAAAAGGCGGUGAGACUUCUCCAACCUCUGUCGAGCUUCGAGGCGUCACUAUCAAUUUUCCCUUCAAGCCAUACAAAUGUCAAGAAGACUACAUGGGCAAAGUGCUGGAUGCGCUGAUAAAGGGUCAGAAUGCGCUUUUGGAAAGUCCCACAGGAACGGGCAAAACCCUCUGUUUGCUCUGUGCUACUUUGGCCUGGCAGAGAGGACAAGCCAAGCGGGUACAAGAGCAGGCAGCUGCCAAGGCUGUUGCAAGAAAAAGUGAAACUGUUUCCGGUGGCUCUCAAGAUCCAGCAGGAGGAGCCGAUAAUAACCCCAAAACUGAACCCGACACCCCCGAUCCAAUGAAGGUUGAUCCUGAAGACGACGACACCGAUGCAGUUGCUGCGUUGGAAAAAGCUACCUUGCAAAAAGCGCCCACUCGUGUCCCCACCAUUAUCUAUGCCUCUCGCACGCAUUCGCAGCUUUCCCAAGUCGUCAGAGAACUACGAAAUACAAUGUACAGACCCAAACACGCCGUAUUGGGGUCACGAGAACAAAUGUGCGUGCACCCCAAGGUAAAAAAGAGUUCUACCACUAGCGCCUUUGAUAUUAACCAUGACUGCAAUGCAUUGGCCAAGGAGCGAAAAUGUCGCUACCGCAAUCAACUGGAAGGGUUUGCAGCUCCUAGUCAAGAAAAUGAAGCAGGCAGGCAACCGGUACUGGAUAUGGAAGAUCUUGUGUUAAUGGGGAAAACACACAAAGUCUGCCCUUUUUAUUACACACGGUCACUGGUGGCAGACGCUGAAUUGGUGCUGAUGCCCUACAAUUAUCUUUUUGACAAGGAUGCCCGAGAGACCACGCUGCAGGACAUUGCCUGGAAGGAUGCCGUGGUCAUUUUUGAUGAAGCCCACAAUUUAGAAUCAUUUGCCACGGAAUCCGCAUCCUUUGAUCUUAGCAAUACGGACAUUGCCAUGUGCAUUGGGGAAUUGGAGCGAGCACUACGUUUCAUCGACAUGAUGGGGGAGGAUGGGGAAGACAGUUCUGCAGUCAAGCGGGUGAAUGUAGAGCGUCUAAAGUCGCUCUUCCUGGCUCUGGAAAAUCACAUUCUCAACUUGCCCUAUUCUGGAGCCCACAGUGGAGAACUCAUGAUGAAAAUAUUCACUGACGGGAUCAGCAUCAACUAUGCCAAUUACAAACUGUUUGUGGAUGAGGUCCGAAGAGUCUGUCAAUUCUUGAUGGAUGUGCGGAGUGGUGGUGGUGGUGGCAGCAAUAGCAAGGGGGCUCCCAAAUUGGAAAUGUUUAUCCAAUGCGUCAAACGAGUCUUUGGAGAAUCAUCCGAGGCGUUGUGUUUUGCCAAGGCCAAGUCCUAUCGAGUCCAUGUGACACCCAAGGGCGCGCAGCAACAACAAAAGCAACAGCAAGGACGAGGCAACAACAAUACAAACGCCAACGGGCGUACAGUGUCCUACUGGUGCUUCGCGCCAUCGCUGGCAAUGCAGGAACUUGAGGGCUUGGAUAUUCGAUCCAUCUUGGUUACCUCCGGUACCCUAUCUCCGCUGCCAAGUUACAGCAUGGAGUUGGGGCUGCACUUUCCGCAUACACUGGAAAAUCCACAUAUCAUUGCGGAUGAACAAAUUCAUGUCCGAGUCAUUGGGAAGGGAGUCAGUGGCAAAGAGCUGACAUCAUCAUUCCAACGGAGAAAAGAUGCUGAGUACUACUCGGAAUUAGGCAACACGCUUGUCUCCCUUGCCAAGGUGAUUCCAGAUGGAAUGCUCAUCUUUUUCCCGAGCUACUCGGUCAUGGAAACUUGUUUGGAACGAUGGGGCUGCCCCGCAGUCUUCAACAAUAACAGUAAGAAAGGAGGCAGCAAGGCGACUGCAAGCUUCUUUGCAGCUCGGAACAAAAAGGGGAGAAACUCUUCCAGCCGUCAACAGUACUCAUUUCCAUUCACGGCGCCAUCCAUCUACGGAAACUCUUUCGGGGGAGGAGCUGCCAAUCCCAAUACACCGUGGAAGCGAUUGAUUGGUGCCAAGUCUGUCGUUGUAGAGCCACGAUCUACUGCUGACUUGCCUGAUGCCAUGGCGGAAUUCCACAAGUACCUCAACAUGCCAAAGUCGAAGGGCGUGUGCUUGAUGGGGAUUUGCCGAGGAAAGAUCAGCGAAGGGAUUGACUUUGCGGGAAAACAAAGUCGUGCCGUUGUCAUCACGGGAUUGCCCUUUCCGCCGGCGUUUGACCCCAAGGUCAAGCUCAAGCGGGAAUACCUGGACAGCACUCGAGCAGCCAAAAACAUGAAGUCUGCUGAAGCAGGUGGCUUCGGUGGCUCUUCAACAGACAUUAGCAAUGGAAGUGAGAAGAAGUCAAAGAUGACGGCGACUGGCAAAACAAACGUGUUGUCAGGCCAUGAAUGGUACAGCCAGCAAGCUCACCGCGCUGUCAAUCAGGCAAUCGGUCGUGUCAUUCGAAACCGGACUGAUUAUGGAUCAGUGCUACUGUUGGAUUCUCGAUAUGCACAGCCGGGCAAUCAGCAGGGAUUGAGCAAGUGGGUUCGUCCGCACGUGCGACCUGAUCAGGGGGUAGGGACUGCCAUUGGGGAAUUGGUCAAGUUUUAUCGGACAGCAGCUGCGACUGCCAAGGAACGAGAGGAUGCAUCCAAAAAGAUCGCGCUCGAAUACGAGGAAGAAGAAGAGGAAGCCUACUCCAAGAGGCAAAAGCAAAAAUCACAAACGCAGAAUGCAGAUGAAACCUUCACCAAGGUUGCUUUUGUGCAAAAUCUCAACCGCGACUUGAACCAGGUAAAGGCAAAUUUGAAGAGUGCUGGACCUCAUCCCGAUACGAAGGUGCCAGAAGAGGGAGACAAGGAGGAGGACCCCGUAACCUAUAUUUCACCCGGGAAAGUGGUGGCCAGAGUGGAUCUAGAUGCAGUGGUUCAGAAAAAAGAGCCCGUCUUUGAUGGGAGCUUCAAGCGGAGCAGUGAUACGGUAAAGACCCAGUCUGGUGCCUUCUUUGCUGCCUCAAAGGCACCAUCAAGACCUACUGCAACCAAAUCUGACCAAAAGCCAAAGGUCGCCAAGAGCAGCGGUACAAAUGCAUCUACGUCAACAACGAAUCGUCCAACAACAACAGCACCAACGGAAAAUCGAGACUCGAAAAAUGCUGCCGCCCAAUUCUUCAAGAAGGCGCAAAAGUGGUUUACCGCGGCGGAGUUCAAAACAAUUCGCAAGUCGCUCGUUGCAAUGAAGCAGCAUGGGGACAAAGACGAUCGGAAGAGCUACUUGUUGGCAGCAAGAGAAGUUGUCAAGUUAUGUUGUCAGCGCGAGCAUUUUUUUGGGCAGCACGAGAAAGACCAUGGGGAAACCAUGUUGUUCCUCUUCUUCCAGGUACUUCCAGCAGCUCGGCGUAUGGAGGUCGAACUGCUUGCUAUGAAAGGACUGUUCAAAAAGUCAACUCUAGGGCAACUAUGCAAGGAGAAUUUGCCGCCCGAGCAAUACACCACCGCCAUUGCUGAGUUCCGUCGGUUCUUACACAUUCUCUGGUGUGGUCAGGUGCUGACCGACAAGGCGAUGUUCCUCAAGGAAGCCGAAAAGGUGAUGACCCACUUGAAAGACAAGAACGACACAGUAUCAUCAGAUCUUGCUUCUGCAUUUGCAAAGCUGGUUCCAGAGCGUUUCAACACUGGUGCUCAAGCAAUAGUUUCAGAAAUGAACGCAUCACGAAAUAUCCAACGUAUUAAAACAAGCGAGGCCAAGAUGAAGGGAGAGGAAUCCAUCGACAACCGAAGGUUCCAAAGACCAAUGCAAUUCCAAGGAGCUCUUCAACCACUAGCCUUCUCUACUAGCAGCAGAGACGAACCUAACAUGCCUGUUAUCAAGAGCGAACAGAUGGCAGGUGUUCCGACCGCGAAAGAUCGCAAGCUGAGUUCGCAGUUAGCGCCGAAGCACAGCAGCCAAGGUUCGCAUUCCCUGCCAACAAAUUCGCCGUCAAGAGAACCGAAGCUCGUCGUCACCAAGAAGCUGAACUCCGACGCUCCUCGUACCGAUAAGGUCAACGCGUCGACGAAGCCCCAGUCCUCCACACAGGGCAGGUCGAGUGCAGUAGUUCCUGGAAUCAAAGGGAGCAGUCAGUCCAGCGCGGAACAUCCCACGAGCAAGAAAGCCAAUCCUUAUGCGAAAGAAGGCAGCCUUUCGCGCAGCUCGUCGAGCCGAGGCCAUGGAAAAGUGAAUCCGUACGCAAAGAAGGCCAAGUCCCUCUCCUCUUACACCAGAAGUCUGACCAAGUCGUCGGAUGAAAAGGCGGCGAAGAAAACUCAGCAAGUUCCCAACCAGGCGAAGCCAAAUCGACCCGCUCCUGCCUACAAGAGAACGAGCGAACUCUCGAAAGUGGGCAAGCCACUACCGCGAAGCAAAAAGACGACCAGCUCCUCAGAUUCCGUUAGCCACAUGCUGCGGCAAGCCGAGGCCUCUCCUUUCGUAAAAAAGACGACGGGAGACCUGGUCAAGUCGCUGAAGAGCAAUGUGCCGUCCAAUGUGCAUUGUGUGGUUUGCAUCCAAACAGCUCAAACACCCAUGCUCAGUGAUUGCGGUCACAUGGCCUGCAAAGAUUGUUGGCUUCAGUGGCUGCAGCGUUCAGAGACUUGCCCGACCUGCAAAGAGAGUGUGAAGCCACGCUCUCUUUCUCGAGUGGUCUUUCAGGAUGGGAAGGCUGAAGACAACCGUGCCGUUCCCACCUUGUCGCAACUCUGUGACUAGGUAGCAAGCAGGGGUGGCUUGUGCGGCCACUACCAAAUGCAGAAGGGAGUAGCAAUACAUUAUGUAGCUUAUUACUUAUUCAUAAGAGUUGACUUAACUUGGCGCAGCUGCCAUACAAAACGGGUCCUGAAUCGUUUGCUGCUAGCGUAUAUUUUUGCAGAAGAGUAGCG